AUGUCAGGGGACCGUUUCACCGGCGCGCCGGCGUCAAAUGGCCCCCCGGCUCCGUACCCGCGGCAGCAGAACUACAGCUUCAACGGGCGCGUCCUGCUUAUGGCCGCCUUCCUCCUUUUCGGGCUCACCAUCUUCUUCACCCUCAUCCGCUUCUUGCUGUACGUGUUAGUGGCGCGGUCGGGCGGCCGCCGUCGCCGCGGCAGCUUCACCGCCGGCAUCCUGCGGUCCAUCAACUCUUUUGGCGGAACUAGCGGUCGGCGUGGGCUGGACGCCUCCGCGCUCUCCGCGCUGCCGGUCACCACGUACCGGAAGGAGGGCGCCGCCACCGCCGGGGCUGACUGUGCCGUGUGCCUAUCGGAGCUCGCCGAUGGAGAAAAGGUGCGGGAGCUGCCCAACUGCGGGCACUCGUUCCACGUGGAGUGCGUCGACGCGUGGCUGCGCUCCCGGACGACCUGCCCUCUCUGCCGCGCCGAGGCUGAGCUGCCCAAGGGGAACGACAAGGCGGAGGUGGCGGCGCAGUCGUCGUCGUCGUCGUCGUCGUCGUCUGCCAGGGAGCCGCCGCAGCAGGCGUUGUUCGGUGCAGGAGGAACCUUGAUCGUGACCGUGCAAGGUGGCUUCCCGGAUACCCAAAGGGGCGUGCGUGGGUCAACAUCGGGGUAG